AUGCAGUCCUACUUACAGUACCGAAGCAUUCAUCAAGCGGUGAAACGUCACUAUCAAGCGUCUUCUGUAGAAGAAGGCAGUCCAAACCUCAGUCAGCCGCACGAUGGCAGUGGUGAACUGCUAUCCGACGAUACAAAGGCUGUUGGGCAAACAGAAAAGCUACAACCCUGCGUUGUAGAGUGGGAGGAAUAUGACGCCCAUCUCAACCCUCGCCAAUAUAAUGCCUGGCGAAAAUCGGCAAUGACGCUUUUGGUAUCCUUAAUUGGACUUUCUUGUACUGCGGCGUCUGCCAUAGACUCUGCUGGGGUGCCUCAGUAUAGCGAGUACUGGGGUGUCUCCACAGUGGUUGGAUCUUUGACGACCGGUCUGUUCAUGAUAGGGUUUGGAAUUGGUUCCUUUAUCUCCGGCCCCUUCUCGGAGACCUUCGGUCGCAAUAUCGUCUACAUCGUAACAAUGACGGUCUUUCUCAUCUUUAUCAUGGCUGCCGGCCUUGCACCCAACAUCCAGAGUCACCUUAUCUUCCGGUUCCUGUCAGGCCUCUUUGCUGCAACGCCCCUCACAUGCGUUGGCGGAACAGUUGCGGACUUAUGGGAUCCUUUGCAGAAAUCAUAUGGUUUUAUCAUAUACACUAUUCCCGCAUUCAACGGGCCGAUGAUCGGACAGGUUAUUGGCAGCUAUAUCCCGACCACGCUGGGAUGGCGCUGGCUAGAAUGGAUCAUGCUCAUCUUUGGUGGAUUUAUGUUGGUUAUCAUGCUUCUCUUCCAGCAAGAAACGCAUCAGGAUCUUCUUCUUACCUGGAAGGCGGCCGCCGUUAGGAAGUACUCUGGUCAACAACAUUGGAGAGGUCCGGUCGAGGUCCGCGAGAUCUCUCUAUGGCAACGGUUGAAGAUUGCCGUGUCCAGGCCAUUCGUCUGGAUUAUCACCGAACCAAUUAUCAUCCUCACCUCGCUCUAUCUCAUCGUCAUCUACAUCAUCCUCUUCCUUUUCCUUGAGGGUUACCGGUUCAUCUUCGAAGGCACCUACCACUUUUCCCAGGGCAUGAACAACGUCACUUGGGUCUCCAUGUUUAUCGGCUCGGCUAUGAUUGCCCUCCAAGUUCCCUUCGUCUGGCGCAUCACACGAGAUCAACAAGCUCGCAUCGGCCGAAUUCAUCCCGAGACUCGACUCUGGUACGCUCUACUUGGCGGAGCCCCAGCCAUCCCGAUCAGCCUGUUCUGGAUGGCCUGGACCAGCUAUCCACAUAUCAGCGUCUGGUCGCCCAUUAUCGCGUCGGCGGUCUUUGGGUUUGGCAUCACGACUGUCUUCGUCAGCGCCCAUCUAUACGUGAUCGACGCCUACGAGAAGGGCGCGGCGUCGGCCUUUGCUAUGCUCGUUAUGCCUCGAUAUCUUGCGUCGGGUGGUAUCACGGUUGCAGGAGGGCCUAUCUAUUCUAGCAUCGGGGUUCAUUACACCCUGACGAUCCUUGGGGCGAUCAGUGCGGCUAUGGCGCUAGUCCCAUACGUUUUCUACUUCUUUGGGCAUUCGAUACGUCGAGUGAGCCCCCAUGCAGUAACCCAUGAUUAA